AUGUCUGAGAACAGAGUGUUGCUCGUAGCAAACAGACGACAGCCGCUGGCGGAGGAGAGGAUUGUUAUAGAGAGGGAUGAAGAUUUCUCGCAGAGGCUCAAGGCGUUGGGCUUCUCCGUGACGGGACCGAGGACUUGGGUCAAUGUCACCCGAGGGGACAACGAGGAUUGGAUCAAUCACACGAUCCAGCUGUGGAAGAUCCCAGCUUUCCGUCUGUCGCACCAUGUUGUCAGGGACCUGGUUGCCCACCACGAGCCCACCUUUCAAGAGCUGGGAAGAGCACAGGUGAACCAGCAGGAGGGGCGAGGUAUUCUUUCUCUCUCCUACUACCCCAUGAUGCCGGAGACGCUCCCCGGCGUCGCUACUCUCAGCGACGUGAUUGUGCACACCCACGGGCAAUACUGGGGCGACAACUACUAUCACUUCAUGAUCGAGUGCCUUCCAAGGCUUGCGCUUGUGACGAGGCUGCUGGAGGAGCAGAAGGAGCUCGGCUGGCAUGUCCAUGUCAUGCGUAGCAGAGUCUCACGUCUUGUGCUUCCUCUCAUGGGCGUCAAGGCCAACAAGAUCGUCAGCGGCAGCAUCUUUGCAUCGCUCGCGCUCGUCCCUGAGCCUGUGCCCUGUGCUCGAUGUCCUGCCAGUAUGCUAAAUCUGCUCAGAAAGACGCUGCUUGCCAGUCCUCAAAUUGCGGUGCAUCCGAGAAGCGACAAGUGCUCAGUCGUGCUUCUCAAGAGGAAAGGUGUAGCUCGUCAGAUCCUCAACCACGACGAGUUGAUGCUGACUGCACGUCGAGAGCUGCCGGCAUGUGACAUUCGCGAGCACAACCAGAACCUGCCGCUCUCUUCUCAGCUUGCCAUCUUCCGUGACGCUCGUGCGGUGUUGGCUCCACACGGGUCAGAGAUCAAUAUCGUCUAUGCUGUCAUGGCCUACAAGCUGCAGUUGCGAUAUAUCGGUCACUCCGUCAGACAGGCUCGCCAGGAUGGCCCAAUGCGAGUGAGUGUAGAUGUGGUAGUGAAUCUGUUGAAAAGGAAUGUCUGA